AUGAAAGCUAAGGAUAGGAGGAAUCGAACCAGGAUGAAGACCAUUGAUAGUGUUGCGAAGAUAAAGGAGUCGAAGACUGUGUAUUCGCUGCCCAAUGGACCCUACAUGGUGGUUUCUAUUGUUUCACUAGGAGGAGACUGCGGAAACUAUUUUGACAAAUACUUGCAUGGAGAAGGGGGAUUGUUCUUUUCGGAAGAGCAUAAGAUGAAUUUCUUAUUUAAGCCUACAGACGAGCUUAAUGAACUUCAAUUAGGGUAUACUUGUAGAGCAAGUGAUGUAGUGGUGUUUUUUGUCAAUUCCAACGAAUUGGAAGACAGCAGGCUUAAGAUAAUCAAGAAGUUUGUUCCAAGCUGCUUGUUUUGCAUAGCCAAUCAAGGCCUAAAAGAUACAGCUAAAAGGUUUAUAAAGAAGCAUUUCCCGAAGGAGCGACUAGUUGAGAUAGAUGAAUUGAUGGGAGCUUUAAGCAAUGUGAGAAUUAGAAAUACGUCUGUUUGUAAAAGACCAUACAUUGUACCAAACAAAGUUUAUUGCGAUGGAGAGUACUUCUAUGUUGAAGGGUUCCUGAAACGUGGGUUCCUAACUGACAAAGUGAUUGUCAAUGGGCGAUAUGAGAUGAUCAUUGAAGAAGUUCUUGGUGAUAGAGUAUAUAAGGGGGGUGAUUUGUGUUCAGGGACUGAUCUUAGAGGAACUUUUCACACCGAUGUAGAGAGGUCAGAGGAGGAAUAUGACUCCGAAUCCUUGACAUCUGCUUGCAAUGAUUCUGAUGUAAAGGAAAAUGAUUCUGAUGAUGAGUCUGUCAUAGAGGAUGAAUCGUCUGGAGAAGAUCGUCCCUCGCUUAUAGAUAAGUAUUCUGGGUAUAGAGGAAUAAGAAACCUUUCUACGUGCAACUUUAGAUCAUGUAAUUUUCCAGAGCAUUACAAAAGACUUGUAUUUUUUGACGACUUCAAAAGAGCUGAGAAGCUUGUUAGCGGACAGAACAGUAUAAUUCCCAAUAAUCAGAUGGUAAGGAUAAAGCUCAGAUAUGAAGGGCUUCUUGAAGAGCAGAUAUGUGUGCUAUUUGGAUGCUAUGAAUAUGAGGAUCAGAAGACAAUACACAACUUUUACUUUGAGGGGCAAGAGGCAUUAGGGGAGGAAGACAUGGUUGUUGAUCUAGGGCAUAAGAUUAUUAAUGUACGUCCGAUGAUUACCCGGAAUUUAAACCACAAGGUUUUCAAAAGGCAAAAAGAGCUUGAAUCUGGAGUUAUCAGCUUUAUUGGGCCGAUUGCUUUUGGAUUAUCUAGAGUUCUCAUAUACAAAAAAUCUGUACUGGGAGAGUUGUCUGCAUCAACAUUUGCUUCGGUUGGAAUGAACGGGUUUGUAGGAGAUAGAAUUAUUUUUGAAGAGGCAGUGCUCCAGGGAAUACCAUUCAGGAAUAAGAAGAGGUACAGCCUUGUCAAGCGUAUGUUCAGUAGCAAGGAGGAGGUCAUGUACUUUCGAAACAUUCAGCUAUACAUGCGGAACAAGAAGAUUACGGGAUUUAUUAAGAAGCCCAUAGGAACAAAGGGAACAUUCAAAGGAUAUUUCACCCAGCCUAUAAAAUCUGGAGAUAAGGUGAUGAUGUCUCUAUACAAGAGGGUUUUUCUGGAAAACCAAUAA